AUGACUAUUACAUGCUGUUGUCCAUCUGAAGGAAUUUAUUAUACUAAUCCUAAUAAAUUAUGUAAUCGUGAUUCAAUUUAUGGAGGAAAAAUUUAUGGAGAAAAAAGUAUAGAUCAAAAAGAUAAUAAUAGUAAUCAGGUAUUGACACCAUCAUUGGUUAGAUGGAAAUACUAUCCUUUAACAUCUAUUGAUCCAGGAAAUUUUAAAAGACAUUACGGUAAGCUUAAAAUAAAAAAAUAA